AAACCUCCUCCAACAAACACUUUCACAAGAGUCACAAACAAUCUGUAUACGAUCUGAAGAAAAUGGCUGAAUCAGUUAUUUAUUACACUGUCACUGAAAUCCUAAAGAAGUUGGGUUCGUUGGUUGUCCAGGAGAUCGGGCUUGUAUCAGGGGUCGGGAAUGAAUUUGACAAACUCAAAAACACAGUUUCUACAAUCGGAGCUGUACUUGUUCAUGCAGAGCAGCAGCGAGCCUCAAAUCCUGAGAUAGAAGAUUGGCUCCAAAAGCUCAACGAUGCAUUUUAUGAUGCUGAUGACUUGCUCGACGACUUCUCUACUGAACUUCUCCGUCGCCAGGUUAUGACUCAGAACAAAAGCCUAAAGCAGGUACGCAUUUUCUUCUCAAGCUUAAACCAGCUUGCGUUCAGUAUUAAGAUGGCUCAUGAUAUUAAGGCCUUCAGGGAGAGACUAGAUGCAAUUGCAGAAGAUAGGAGAAAGUUUCACCUCACGGAACGGACUAUAGAAAAUACUAUAGUUCAGAGGGAGGAGACUCACUCUUUCGUUCAGGCAGAAUCUGUUAUUGGGAGGGAUGGUGAUAAAAUGGAAGUUAGCCAACUUUUAUUGGACGGUAAUGUUCAAGAGAAUGUGUCCGUUGUUGUAAUAGUUGGGAUUGGGGGACUAGGAAAGACCACACUUGCACAAUUAGUAUACAAUGACGAGAGUGUUACUAAACAUUUUGAGCUUAAGAUGUGGGUGUGUGUGUCUGAUGACUUCGAUGUGAAACUCAUUGUUGAAAAGAUCAUAGAGUCUGCAACAUCCAAAAAGCCUGAAAAAGACCUUUCCAUGGAUAACUUGCAAGAAACCCUUAGGAAAGAAAUUCACGGAAAGAAAUAUUUGCUUGUGUUGGACGAUGUGUGGAAUGAGGAUCGCGAAAGAUGGCUAAAACUAAGAGUUUUGUUGCAAGGUGCUUCAAAGGGAAGUAAGAUUUUAGUAACAACUCGUAGUGAAUUAGUUGCAAAUGUUACAAGCGCAAAUUCACCAUAUAUCUUAGAAGGCUUGUCUAAGAAGGAGUCAUGGUCUUUAUUUAAGCAAAUGGCAUUCAAACAUGUGGAGGACUUGGAGAAUACAUGUCGAGUAACAAUUGGGGAGGAAAUUGACAAAAGUCUAAGGGAGUUCCCCUUGUCAUUAGGGUUAUAGGAAGCCUACUAUACUCUACGGAUACAGAUAAUGAAUGGGUGGCUUUCAAAAAUAAUGAUUUGUCAAAAAUAGCUCAAAAAGAUGAUGUUUUACCGAUACUAAAGUUAAGUUAUGAUCACUUGCCUUCCAAUUUGAAAAAAUGUUUUGCAUUUUGUUCCUUAUACGUGAAAGAUCAAGAAAUUGAUAAGCAUGAAUUAAUUCAAAUGUGGAUUGCAAAUGGAUUCAUUCCGUUACUGCAUGAAAAUCAACAAUUGGAAGAUGUAGGUGAUUUGUAUUUUAUGGAUUUAUUGAGGAGGUCCCUUUUUCAAGAUGUACAAAGAGAUGAAAGGGGUGAUAUAAGAUGGUGCAAAAUGCAUGAUCUUAUCCACGACGUAGCACAAUUAGUGACAAGGUUUGAGUACUCAAAUUCAGAUACAAAAAAUGUUACCGAAAGAACUCGCCAUGUGUCAUUUGCUUAUUACAUUUCAACCCAAUUGGUGAGAGGUAACAAGUUACGAACAUUGAUUUUGAAGGAUCAAAGAUUAGAAAAAAAGGAUUUCAAAAGGAUUGUUUCAACUCAUAAAUGUUUACGCUUAUUGGAUUUGCCCAAUAUGAAGAUCAAGACCGUGCCGAAUUACAUAAGCAAGUUGAAACAUUUAAGGUAUCUUGAUCUUAGCAGCUAUCUCAUCAAAUAUCUGCCAAGUUCAAUAACCAAGUUGCAAAAUUUGCAAACUCUGAAACUCAAUAGCUGUCACUGUCUUAAAGAGUUGCCCAGAGAUUUUAAGAAAUUGGUAAACCUUAAUCAUGUUGAGCUUGACGAGUGUUUGGACUUGAUUGGCAUGCCAGUUGGAUUGGGACAAUUGAGGUCUCUUUUGACAUUAACAAGGUUUGUAGCGGAUUUAAAUAGCAGCGGGUUGAGUGAACUACAAAAUCUAAACAAUUUACGGGGAAGGUUAAGCAUUAAAAUGUUUGGUCGUCCUCGUGGGCACUCAUGUAGUAAUAGCAGGUGGUGGUGUUUAAAGGACGCAACAGCGGCAGAGGGAGUUACAAACUACUUGGAGGCCAAACAAUACCUGAAGAUGCUGGUGUUACAAUUUGAUAGGGAUGAAGAUAAUGGGGUUUUGUUGGAAUCCCUACGUCCACACCCGAAUCUGAAGGAGCUGGGAAUAGAUAGAUAUGGGGGAGUGAGUUUCCAGCCAAGUUGGAUGAUGGUUGACAAAAUUGGCUUAUUCUCUUCAUUUCUCCCAAAUCUAGUCAGAAUUAAUAUGUCCAAUUGUCACAGCAAACAUCUUCCACUAUUUGGGCAACUUCCUUCUCUCCAAUUUCUUCGUCUUUUGUUUAUGAAUUCCUUGGAGUACAUGGAGGACAAGAGUAGUAGUGAGGAUUCUCUGUGCUCUUCAUCUUCAUCCAGUGGAGGAGGAGCACCAACACCAACAUUCUUCCCAUCCCUCAAAACACUUGACCUCUGGAAAUUGCCUAAAUUGAAGGGAUGGUGGAGGAGCCAAGCAGAAGAAGAAGCAACAACAACUUUACAGGACCAACAACAACAACAUUUGAACAAGCUCCCAUCAUUUCCUUCUCUUUCCCAAUUAUCCAUCCGAUGGUGCCCUAAUCUGGCAUCAAUGCCUAUUCUGCAACCAUGUCUUGAACAACUAGAUCUCCAUGAAGUCAGCAAGUAGGUAGUAGAAGAAGAGUUAAAGAUGACAUUGGUGUCCCCAACCCCACCAACAGAUACACUCGCAACCUCUUCCUCAUCUUCUUCUUUGCUUUUUCCUCCUCUUUCCAAUUUAAAGUCUCUGAAUUUAUCCAUAAUUGACGAUCUAGUUACUCUCCCAGAGGAGUCGUUUCUAAGCCUCACUUCACUUCAACGGCUGAGCAUUGAUUCCUGCCCCAAAUUGACAUCACUGCCCGAUGGCAUGCAUCAGCUCACUGCGUUACAACAUCUCACAAUUGGAUCUGGUUCUGAAGAGUUAAUACAUAGAUGCCAGAAAGAGACUGGGGAAGAUUGGCCAAAGAUUGCUGACAUCCCCCACGUUUCUAUAUGGUAGUGACAUACAUACAAGGAAAUGUUGAAUUUUCAUUUUGUGCACGCUUGUGUUCCGGGGUAGCUUGAUCAGUACGUCAUUGGAUUAGCUUACAGUCUUCUUCUUCUUCGUCUUCUUCAUAUUCCUAUUAUUUAAUCUCAAAGCUCAUCAGGCAAAGGCUAGAGAAGUGCAUCCGAAUCUUGAAAUUCUUCCUUCAGCUUCAUUGUUAAAUUGGUCCUCCUCAUCCUCACCUACUCAGAAGCACAAAGCUGAUACUCCGCUCAAUAUGUCAAUGAAGAGCAAUGCCUUGACUGUGGUUGUACCCAAUGGGGACGAAGCAGCAACAUUAUGUCUAUGUUAAUGCUCAUUAUUGAUAAAUAACUCCCACUAUCUACCUUUCAUUUUGAAGGAUAGAAAAUACCGAAAAUACUACUAAGCCACGUGCUUUUGUGGUUUAUAUAUAUUUUAUAUUUGUGUGUUAAAUUUGGCAUGUUGUAGUAAAACAUGUGUAUCCAAACUAUGUUUUGGUUUUGGGGUGUGGGGUUGUGGAUUGAUUGGAGGGUUGUGCAAGAUUCAAUCAUGUGUGAUAACAAUUGAAGUUGAAAACUGAUGUAUGUUUUAGUUGUUUAAUUACUCUAUGUAUGUAUUUUUAAUGCUUAUGGUGUGUUGAUUA